AUGGCGGCCCGUGUAGAAGAUAUUCUAAGAAGAUUGCAAGAUAUUUUGACCGAUACUUCCUCAAGGAAGGAAGAUUCGGUUCCGCUGAUAUCUGAUAUCGAACAAAUAUGUCUACAAGAAAUAGAUGAAAAAGAAAUUGAUCUGUGUUGUUCAUGUCUCUUUGACAAGGACUUCGGAGUGUUGAAAUUCCUUAACAAGACCAUCACAAAUGAUGAGUUCCAAGCCACGAAAGCCAAGCUGCUUGAAUUUCUGUCAGCGUUUGUGGAAAAGUAUCAGAAGAAACUCCUUCCAUAUAUUGUGGAUAUCAAGGAUGUAAGCAUUGCUCUGUUCAGUAGGGACAGGUACGCCAAGGUGAAGAAUGCAGCAGUUCCCUUACUUACCAAGGUGAUUGAGCUGUCGGUGGGUUCUGCAAUGGGUAAGGAGCUGGCAGUAGACAAGAUUAUCAACAAGUUCUUCAAUGAGCUCACAAAGGCAUCCAAGCUCACUCCGACAGUGAAGGGGAACAUCUAUGUGUUACUGGGCGUGGUGGCUGAGGUCUAUCCGGAGAAUAUGAUGCCCUACAGUGAGAGACUCAUAUCUGUGUACCUAGGCUCUCUCAAAACUGAGAUGGGCAGUAAGACUCGCAAGCCGGAGAUGUCUGUGAUAGCUGGUUGUCUGGAGGGACUCCACUGUAGCCUCGUACACUUCACAGAGUCAGCAGAGGAAGGAUCCAAGAAUGCUUAUGAAAUCUUCAAAUAUGCGAGAAAUGCUAUAGACUCAAAGAUAGAGUUUACCAGAUAUGAUGUUCCAAAGGCUGGGCUGAGGAUAUUUGGUAGACAUGCCUCUCAAUUUAGCCAAUAUAUUAUAGAGGAUCAUGAGAAUCUGUACAGUAAGCUGUGUCACUGGAGCCAACACCACAAUCACGAAAUACAGAUCCUUGGAAUGCGGGCGAUGGAGGCGUUCCUAACACAGGUGUGUGAUAUGUUGAAAUCCAAGGCCAAAAGCGGAGACGACCAGGGGAAGAAAACGUUUAAGUUCUACCUGAUAGCAUUCCGAGAAAUCAUGCACAGUGACAAAUCAUCAGCCAAGGAACUUUCUCUCGCCAUCAAGGGAUAUGGCAUGCUGGCUGCUCCAUGUAGAGGUUACAUGACACCCAAGGAUGUCCAGUUCAUGUUUGUGGAGAUGAUGACAAAAACUGAACAGCAGUUUGUCAGAAAAACAGAUGACUUUGACAACAAGCUCCACAAUCUGGCAAGCUACCUUGAGUCACUUGCCAGUAUCGUGCAGGAAGUUGACAAUGUCAUGGAAACACAGGCCGGUUCCCUGGAAGCCCUGCUGGUCCUUAUGCUGGAAAAUGUCCCCAACAUUCACACCAAAAAGCACUUCCUGUGCGUUCGGGCGAUUCUUGCAUUGCUGUUGGCCCUUAUGCCGAAAUGGACAACAUUUAGUCAAGUGUUGUCAGGCUUUGUAUACCAGAGCCUGUUGCGUACUUUCUCCCACACACCUGUACUGGAGAGUGAAGAGGAAGGGGAAGGAACUACAGAUGUAGGGCUUGAGAGAAAAAUCACUUACAAAGACUUCAUGGAGACAUGGGCAGGACUUCUUGAUGCACCAAACAUCAAGGAGUUUGCAGCUGCUGACAUCAGCCUCGAGACGAGACUGCAGCUGACAGAAGCCAUUUAUGGGGAGAUAAUUACUGCAAUAUUGAAAAUGUUGGACAAACUAGACCUGGCUGCCAGUUCAGGGGAUGGGUCUGAUGAAGGCUCGGGUGUUACGGAGGAUGCAGAGGAGACCAGUGCUGACCCUCUACAUGGUGUACAGGCCCGAAGACCUCGGGACUUUCAAAUCUUCAUCAAUCUUGUUGACUUCUGCAAUGACUUGUUGCCAAUGAAGCAUUACCAACUGUUUGAGACAUGGAUCCUGCCAGUCUCCCACAGGCUCAUUCUGCUGUCUACUGACCACCCAUUAGCCAGCGGUCUGUACAAGCUCCUCUCAGUGUGUAUGAAGAUUGCCAACAAACUCCACUUUUUCCAGACCCAAGACGAUGGUGAUACUGAGAAAGGUGAGAAGAUGGAAGUGAGCCAGGACAGCCCUGAUAUGACCACAUGCUUCCUCCUGGUGAAGAAAUUCUCUGCUGAGGUUUUGGUUCGUAUGAAGCAGUACCGGGAUGAGUUGUUGGCUGCCUGCCUCAUCUUCAUCCUGUCUCUACCCACACCCAUCAUAUCAGACCAGAUGAACGAUGUGGUCGCAGCAAUACAGGUGACCUUGAAGAUUGGUCUGAGCUACCUUCCCCUAGCCAAUGUUGCCAUGGAUGCACUAGAGGUGUGGUCUAGAACACUUCCGUACUCUGUGAUGGAAAAACAUUACCCUAGCAUUCUUCCCUGCCUUGACAGCUUCCUUAAAACUACUGAACAAGGAGCAGAGACUGUGGAGACGAGUGUAAGCACAAACAAGAGUGGAUCAGGCAAGGGCAGGAAGAAACUAGCCCAGCGAUUGGUCAGGGAGAAAAAGAACACUAGCAAGAAGUACGGUACCCAGCUCAGCCAGGUCAGACAGAGAGUGAUGUGGUAUCUGGGUCAGCUGGGAGGCAGUGUGAAUAUCAAUCUUCUGGCUGACACGGAUCAGAAAAUAGCGGAAUGUGCCAUCGCUUGGGAUACGGAACAGCAUCUCAAGUUUGACAUGCCAUUUGUGGAUAUGAAACCUACACUGUAUUUAGAUCCAUUUCUACCCCAUGUUGUUGAACUAGCAACCACGUCCAGUGAUCGUCAAACCAAGGUAGCAGCCUGUGAACUACUCCAUUCCCUAAUUUUGUACAGUAUUGGUCGAGGCGCCCAGCAGCCAGGGGCCAGGAUAGAAAGGGCUUCCAUGGGGCCAUUGUUUAAACACAUCUUCCCCGCCAUGCUGAAACUGUCCUGUGAUGUUGAACUGGUGGCCCGUCAACUAUUUGAGCCACUGACAAUGCAGGUCAUCCACUGGUUUACAGGUGGCAAGAAAACUGAGAGUGAGGAAACAAUCACACUGCUGGAUGCCAUCUAUGCUGGUAUGAUUCAACAGAGUGAUACAGCCCAGCGGGAUUUCUGUGCCAGAUGUCUGCAUGAGUUUCUGAGAUGGUCCAUCAAACAAACAUCAGCAAAGGCUGCAGAGAACAACCCAGCCAAUGCAAAAUCAGUUUUGAAGAGAAUAUUCAGUUAUUCACGUCAUCCAAGCCCAUUCAAAAGACUCGGGGCCGCGCUGGCAUUCAACAACAUAUACACAGUGUUCAGAGAGGAAGAGCCCCUGGUGAAUAUGUUCACGUUUGAACUACUGGUCAACUUUGUAGAGAGCCUCGCCAUGGCACACAGUGACGAAAAGUCUUUAGGGACCCAGGAGCAGUGUAGUAAGGCCCUGGAGCACAUUGAAAAGAUAAUCAAACACAAAUCAGCUCUGCUGAAGGCUGACAAUAAAUUACGGAUCCAGCCAAGGAAUUGGUCAUCUCGAACCCUUGAAAUUGCUGUUCGUUGGUUGUCUAAGCAAUGUGGCCGACCGCAGACCGAGUGUAGACACGCCUGCAUGAAACUGGCAUAUAACCUUUGUACACAACUUGGAGGCAUCAAGACCCCAGUGAAGUUCUUUCAAGCAUGUCUCAAAGGAAAAGGGCCUUCAUAUUGGAUACAGAGGUUUGAGGGUGGGGGUACUGCCGGAGAAAUGAAGCAAGGUAUUGAAGCGUGGCCUCUUCUCACUGACACAGGCCACACAUUUACUGUAAACUCCUGCCUGACCUGGUUCGACAAUCUUUUGGCAGCCCUUGACUGCUUCACAUGGGUUUUUGGGGAAAACUUGUUGUCACCAGGAGAUCUGUUUGGAAAAGGAACAGCCAAUGUGUGGAGGAGUCUGGAGUUCUUCCUGACCAAAGUGGCCCUCUCUGAUAUUGAUGUGCUGGUGAAACUGUUCCUUAAGAAGGGGGAAGACCAACUCUUCACUCCCAGAGAAAAACAAGAUUUCAACAGAGGCAAAUGUACGGUUAUAAUUAGACUGUUAAACUUCUUCACCGUAAUGCUGGCCAAAUACAAGAAAGAAGCUCUACAGGUGAUCCCCAAGUCCCUGCUGUGUAGAGAUCUGUGGGAGCUGGUUCUGUACUGUGUGGUGGAGCCAGCCAGUGUGGGGUUCAACAUCAGUGAUGUCGACAUCAUGAAAAACCUGCCACAAGAGAUGACACAGACGUUGGCUGUUUUCAACAUGACCUUCAGGAAUGAGCUGAUAAGCCAUUUUACGGAUUCACUGAAAGCUGGAAAGAGGAACCUGUUAACGAAGCUUCCACUAGACUUUGGGGACUCAAGUGCUGACUAUGUUGCUAUGCAUCAGGUGUUCUCUGGGUAUCAACAACUGCACCAGGUUGACCUUCUGUUGCCAUGCCAACAGGGACAGAAGACAAACAAGUCCAAAAUUGCCCAGCUUUUGCUAAAUAAUGUCUUCAAGGGUAUAGUUCACAGCACUGGUUCAGCAUUUACUGUUGUGUCCUUGACCCCUACAGCCCUAGGUCUAGCCAAGGUCAUGCUUAAUCUUGCACUUACCAUGGAAGUUGAUGCAAGCACAGUGCUGCAGCUAAUAUUCGACAUCCAUAUUGUGAACCGUGGGGCAGGAAAGAGCCAGGAUCAGACCCACGGAGAUCUUUUCUUCUCCACAUUCUCGUCUGAGAUCGCUGCUUAUGGGGUGAGGGAGGUAACGGAGCUUGUGCCGCACCUUGUGGCUCGGGGAAAGGGCGAUGCUGGUCGAGUGUGUGCGAUUCUUACUGCAAUUAUUAAACAUGUGACCAGGGAUAGAGAGCUGAGGAAAAGAGAGGGAGUGAAGGUUUUGAAUGGAAUCUUAUCCCAGUGGCACAACCUAUCUGGUUGGUGGGAGGGGGAAUCCACACCUGACACACAGAACAUGGCCAUAUCUCUCCUAACAAAGAUGCUCCUUAUUGACAGCAGUUUUUUGACGACUGCAGAUGAGAAGGGUCACUUGGUUUUCUCCAUGUAUCAGAAGAUCCUCACUGAUCCCAAGACUAAACUCCCAUUUAAGUGCCGAGUAUUGGAGUUGUUGCCCUUCUUUGUCCGUAAUACUGAACAGCCCUGGGCUUUGAAGAGUGCUCUAGACAGGUUCAAUGCAGACAACUUUCCCCUAAGGAGCUCCGAGUUACAGAAAGACAGCUCUGCAUACCAUGACUAUAUCAUGGCUCUAGAUGCUAUUCUGGCUGGUCUACAGCUGUCUGGUAGCCCCAUGUUGCUGGAGUUUCUCAUCAGCAUCUUCUGCAGGGAACCAAUACAUGUACAUGAGGAUGCUAUCCAGGUUGCCAUUGUCAAGUUUACUAAAGGAAUACCAAGAGGUAAGCAAAAAGCAGCGCUAGAUGUUCCGUUCAACAUUUUCUUGAAGACGUCUGGAUUCCCGGCAGAGAUCAGACGUGCAGUGAUUGAGCGUGUGUGUCUCUCCAUGCUGAAUGUGGCCCACAAGUCAACUGUGACGGAGUUCUUCAUGGAGCAUAUUGUGAAGAUCAAGGAGCUGAUAGAAGUUAAACUUGCGAAGAGUGGUGAUAUGCUAGAAGGCCAAUUGGUGACCAGGCUGUGCUGUUUCUCCCUUCUAGAAGUAAUAUACUCACGUCUGAGCAAGGAUGAGGUGGUUGGAAUGUCCUCAUCCAUUAACCGCAUGUUUGCAGGCGGGAAUCCUCAGACUGGAAAGGAACUUACUAGCUUUGUGUCCAAACAAGCGCAUGAGGCAAAGGGCGAGGACAUUCGAGGGGAGACAACUCUGCUGGAGUUAAGGCGUCAGUACCACUGUGCAGCAUACAAUCUCAUGAUUGCGUUCAUCUCACGCACACAAACAGACCUCAAGUUUUACACUGGCUUCCUGUUUGAAGAGAAAGAAGCUAAGGGACAGUUCUUGCUGGAAAACAUUGUUGAUAAGGACAAGACAUAUGAAUUUGAAGCAGAAAUGCAGGCCCCAUUGGAACGUAAGAAGAGGUUUGUUCGUAUCCAUGAGGAGAUGAAGGAAUCCAGGUCAGAAGUUGACGACGAGUAUGACGGGGCUGGAUCAUACCAUCUUGCUUCCCAGUAUCUGGCUGACAGCAGCCUUAGCGAGGAUGUGUCCCAAUACUUCUCUGUGUCUGGAACCAUGAACUCAUCCAUCUCAGGAAGUGGGGGAUCGUCUCGCAAGAGGAGGAAGUUUCAGCUUGAGGAAGCAGAAGAUCCCUUGGAUAUGGAUGUAUCUGCAACUGUAGACAGUGACUAUGUGGAGCUGGAGAUGGAUGCCCUCAACCAGCAUGAGUGUAUGGCCAACAUGAUAGCCGUGGUCAAACACAUGCAACAGAAUAACAUCACUCCCGCUGUCACACCUGCUACAGUGAAGCCUGCCCUGCCCUCUUGGAUGGAGAAAUUGCACACCAAGAUGACCAGCUCAAGGACUCACCAUAAUAUUAAACUCUUCUUAGCGAAACUCAUUGUCAACACAGCUAAGGUGUUUGAGCCAUAUGCAUGCCAUUGGCUCGGUCCUCUAACACAGCUGAUAGUUUCUGGUCCCCUGGGGAGUGGGGGCAUCAACUAUUAUGUGACUGAUCUUGUGGUCACCCUUCUAUCAUGGCAUAAGACUGCUAUACCUCAGGACUCGGCUGAAGAGAAGGCCCUAGCAUCCCGGCUUGUCCACUUCCUGGUUAAGAACAUCUACCAUGAGAACCGACAGGUGUUCCGGAAUAAUCUUGAGAUGCUUAAAACACUGCUGGAGUGUUGGAAAACCAGGGUGGAAAUACCUUACCAGGAGGUGUACAGCCAAUUCAGCAACCCUGACCCCAAGUCCAAGGCAAACCUUGUGGGUAUACAGAUACUAGGAGUGAUCCUAGCUUGCAAGUUUGCCCCUUACGGACCAGUAGCUCCGGUUGACCAAGAGAGGUACUUGUCCAAGCUGGCUAACAACAUGGGAAACAACUUCAAGGCAAUCUAUGCAGCCACAGGGGAAGUGUGCGGGCUGACAUUCCAGUAUCUGGCUGACAAGGAAGGAGAAACAGACGGCAGUUUCCAUGUGCACGUUGCCAACCUCAUGUCAAGUCUACACAAGGCACGGCCAGAUGUGUUUAUAACAUGUGUCCACAGGAUGCAUAAACACUAUCCUCCUGUUGCUGAUAGGUUUGUGAACAAAUUAUUGUUUAUGCUGCCGAAUCUUCAAGGGGAAUUCCGUACCUUGUGUCUGGAGAUCCUUCACUCCCGUAUCGACUGUAUCGAGAAUGCCUUCUUGGAACUCAAAGCCAAGGGAAUUCUCACCUCGCUCACGCACAGGAAUGAAGAGACACAGCAAGUUUCCCUGAAGAUCAUCAAGGCCAUAUUGUCUAAACUGAAGGCUGUAGACUUGCAGGGAUUAAUGUCGGCUAUAACAGCAUUCUCCGCCCACCCCAGCACUGGCUGUAGACUCACCAUGUACGAGAUACUCAUGUGGACAUAUGACAACUACAGAGAUGAGAACAGUCCAGAGGCCAACAAGAUCAUGCUGCAGACCAAGGAGUCCCUCUUGAAGGGCCUCGGGGAUGAGGACUUACACUGCAGGUUACAGGUCCAGAACUUCUGGAGCAGCGAAGAUCGUCUUCCAGUGGGUACCCUCGACCGCCUGGUUGCCAUGUUGGAGGCCAUGUAUUCACCCGUUACCGAGCAACAGUACCUUAGUUACGCUACAAACUUACUCCUAGAGAUGACGUCAAAAAGUCCUGACUACCAAAGGGAAAUAUUUGAGCAUCCACUAUCGGCUUGUAAAUUCUCUGAUUACUCUGUGAAGUCCUCCUGGCGCCAUCGACAUGCUGCAAUGACCCCGCUGUUUGCGACACAAGCGAGUCAGAGUCAAGCCAUGGAAACAGACGAUCAAAGUGUCGGAGUGCGUGCCACCCAGGAUGUUGCGCAGUUCUCACAAACUCAGGACCCAGGAGCACAGAAGGGUCCCUACAACUGGCUAACACAGAGCAGUCUGGACACCUUUGCUGAGGGAAGCAGCUUUACCUUGAUGGACACACAGCAGUCCCAGAGUUCCUUGAUGUUCACCGUUGGUACAGGUGACCCGAGGAAAACGGUUGCCAGGAGACCAAAAGCGGGUCCAGGAUUUGGGAAUCAGAAGCUUGGUGCUGCAAAAACGUCCACAUCUAGUGGCAAAAAAGAUGAGCCAGAUGGCGGAAGUGACAUAUACAGGUUAAAGCGCCGUUUCCUCAAGGACGCUGAACAGACACGGGUCUUCUUCGCCAAGAGACAAACAAGACUCAAGGAAAUGAGAGAGAUAGCACAUCAGGAGCAACAGGCUCGCAGAGAAAGUCAGGUGACCAUGUAUCGGAAAUACCGCAGUGGAGACCUACCAGACAUACAGAUCAAAUUUUCCUACAUCAUAGCCCCACUGCAGGCUCUAGCUCAUAGAGACAGUACCAUAGCUAAGCUGCUGUUCAGCGGGAUAUUUGAGGCUAUAUUUGCCAAUAUGGAGGACGUGAAGACGGAGAGAGAGAUGGGCGAAGUUAUCGGUCAGAUCGGAACCAGUCUAGAUAAUGUGCUUACACAGUCUACCGUGUAUUUCCCGCCAUUUGUAGGAUGUGUGCUGGACAUAUUGUACAAGCUGCGCUCCAGUCUGAAGGUGGAGAUGUCCAGUAUUGGAAGCAGUGCUUUGGCAAGCCAUCUAGAGCCCCUGGGUAUUGCCCUUGUGGAGGAAUUGUUGAUAACGCAAGAGCCCGUUGAACCCCGUGCGGCUAAGAGGGGCAAGAUGGAGGCACCCAUAUCCAAGGACGUGGAAAACUGGAUUGAACUGUCCAGGCUGUACAAGUCUACGGGAGGGUAUGACGUCCUGUUGGGUAUAUUCAGUGGUAAGAUUGGUACCCAGCCCAUUACAAGACAGGCAAUGGAGGCUGAGGCCAGGGGAGACUACCACACUGCCAGGAAACUUUAUGAUGAGGCAAUGAACUGCACUGACUGGGAUGGGGAGGGUCCCAAGGAGGCAGAGAUUGACCUCUGGGAGGACUGUAGAAUGCAGUGCCUGACAUCACUAUCACACUGGGAAGCUCUUGAAUCUAGUUCAACGGAAGCCAUCGCUGGUGACAACACAUCUACUGGCCUCACAACAGUCUGGGAAGACACUUACCUACAGGAGCAUUUCCUGCCUUACAUGAUGAGGAGCAAGGUGAAGUUACUGCUGCAAGGGGAUGAGAGACAGCAGCCACUCUUAGACUUCAUGGACGCCUCAAUGAAAGUUCCUGAACAUAAGCUAGUUCUCGAGAAUGAGUACAGCCAGGAGCUGGCCCUGAUGUACCUGUGGCAGGAGGAUUAUGACCGGGCCAGACAUUACUGUAACACCACACUUGAUGCUUUCCUGCAGGACUGGAGCAGCACUGACGUUCUCAUGACCAACAGCCGAGAGGCCGCCCUCCAUCGCCUGCAGCCCCUAAUAGAGUUAAGCGAGUUUCUGGGCUUUAUAUCCGAGGAGGGAAACUUUAGGGGCUCGGGCCCAGCCCUUGGGCUUAUCAGUAGAUGGAGUAAGCGGAGCCCACACCUACUGACUGACCCUGUCACUGUGUGGGAUGAUGUGGUCACCAAUAGGUUGGUAUACAUGGACCACAUCAGCAGUCACCUACAGAAACUGGAUGAUUCCCAGGCCUCAGUUGAAAGUGAUGACCCAUACUUGGAUACCAAACUUCGCCUGAAACUGCUUAUGGCACGCAGCUGCGGUGAUCAAAACAACUUUGCACAGACGCUCAGAAUACUCAAGGAAACUUACAAGGAGUGUAAGGGCAGUGCAGAUGGAAGUGUGCUGUGCCAGUGGGGUGUGGUUUAUGCCUCAACCCACUACAAGAAAAUCAGGGCCCUGCUGGAGCCAUGGAAAGAGGAAACCCUCACUAGCCUCUUCACAGCAUUUGACCAGCUAGACAAGAUGUCUGAAAAUGAGGCCCUUCUAGCCAAUCCUAGACUUGGUCGACAGCACAGAGUGUUAACUGGAGAGGGGAGGGGCCUCAUGGCCCUGGGUAUUCAGGACUUUGACCUGAAGGGCCUCCGGGGGACACGGGCAGAACAAAAGCUCAUGCAACAUUCUGGCCUUGAGAAAAUGACAAAAGUAGAGGUGACAGAGAAACUGAUAAGCCAUGGCUACAGUAUGAUGAAGUCUAGCCUGGCUGUGGAGGGAGGUGUGGCAGACACACAGAUAGAUGGAAUGUCUGCAGAUCAGGCGUACCUUGCUACAGCUAAAUACUGUGACAACUUCCUCAGACAGAAGGAAGAGGGUGACCUAGACAUAGGUGAUCGUUGUGUGUCAGCGUUCCCAGAAUCAGUUGUAGUGUGCCUCCUACAAGCUUUGAAGCUUGGCUCCCUGGAGGCCAGGCAGAGGUUCCCCAGACUACUUCAGAUAAUAGAGCUACACCCUGAGUCUACAAGCACAUUUGUCAGCAAGAGUGCAGAAGUGCCCAGCUGGAUGUUUAUGUUGUGGAUCAGUCAAAUGUUGGCUAUUCUAGACAAACCAGAGGCCAUAGCUGUACAUCAUAUACUGCUGGACAUCACACAAAACUACCCUCAGGCUGUUGUCUACCCAUUAAAGCUGAGUCAGGAAGGCUUCAAGUUUGGGACAUCCAAAAAAGACAUUGUGCAUAAAGAUGCUGUUGACAGACUUGCUGGACUGUUGGGCCCAGAUCAGCUCCCUCUGGCUGACCGUCUCAUCUUAGCCCUGGAGUGCUUCGGCCAGCCCGACCAGGAAAUCAAGGAUUCAUUUGAUGAGAUGGCGAAGCUGUUGAAAAAAGGAAAGAAAACUCAAGCCAAGGUUGUGUACAACAAGCUUUUUAACCGCAUCAUCAACUACAAGGUUCGCGAGAAAAAUGAGGCAGCACAGGGCAGCAUGAAGAGAGAAGUUGGGUCGUCAGGAGAAGGCACAGGCCUGGAUGAGACCACGGCUGAUGAGAGCUUGAUUACGUCCCUACCUGGUCUUGACAUUGGCAGCUACGCAAGGAAGUUUGCGGAUAAAUUCAAGAAGGACUUUGAUACAAAGUUUGGACCAGAAGGGAACAAAAUAACAUCCAUGUCAUUAAAGGAGUUUGCAGUGCACAAGCAGUUCAUUAUGAACCUGUUUGAGGAGGUGAAGUUGAAGACAAGCCCCCUCUACCCGCCCGGAAAACUGUCCGAAUACUCCCACUGGAUGGCCAACUUUAAUCCUAACAUACAUGGCAGGGACCUUGAAAUACCAGGUCAAUACACAGGCCUAAGUAAGCCUCUACCUGAGUAUCACGUGAAGAUUGCUGGAUUUGACCAAGCUGUGAAAGUGAUGACGUCCCUACGUAAGCCAAAGCGUGUGACAAUACAUGGAAAUGACGAGCGAGACUACCACUUCCUGGUGAAGGGUGGGGAAGAUCUACGGCAGGACCAGCGUAUCGAGCAACUGUUUUACAUUAUGAAUCAAGUUUUCCUGCAAGACCCCGCAUGCCGGUCAAGGAAACUGCAACUGAAGACGUACCAGGUCAUUCCUAUGACCUCAAGGGUUGGUCUGAUAGAGUGGGUUGGGGACACAGUUCCCCUGAAGGAUUUCAUCAAUAACUCCCUCACAGACCAGGAACAAAAGUUCAUGAGCUCCAGGCAAGGACCAUCUCACACAAACAAUGAAUGGAUUGUGAAGGCAGGAAAGAAGAACGACCCCUGGCCGGCGCGGUUUGCAGCCGUGUUCGAAAAGUACAGCUACACUGAGACAGUGCGACAUUUCAACUUGAUCCAGAGCAAGGUGCCCUGGGACCUACUCAGGAGAUCAUUCCAGAAGCUGAGUACAAGCCCCGAGGCCUUCCAUGUUCUGCGCAGCCACUGUAUGCAGACACACGCAAUGUUGUGUAUGUGUCAGUAUGUUAUGGGUAUAGGGGACCGACAUUUGUCAAACUUCAUGGUAAAUCUGAAUACCGGCGAGAUGAUUGGGAUUGACUUUGGGCACGCCUUCGGCUCCGCUACCCAGUUCCUGCCCAUCCCAGAGCUUGUGCCGUUCCGUCUAACGAGGCAACUACGAAACCUGAUGUUGCCGCUACAGGAGCAAGGUCUCGUGGAGAGCACAAUGAUCCACGUGCUGAGAGCACUACGCUUGGACUCCGACCUCCUCCUGAAUACCAUGGACAUCUUUGUGAAGGAACCCUCACUUGAUUGGCUUCAAAAUGCUGAGAGGCAGCUCCAGAGCCUGGAUUCUUCAGAUGCAGAGUUGUACAGCCAGGAAGAGGAAACAAUGCAUUGGUAUCCAAGGGAGAAAAUCCAGUAUGUGAAGAGAAAACUCAAGGGAGCUAAUCCUGCUUACAUCACAAGAGAUGAGUUGAAGCUGGGUCAUGGCAAGAAGGCAGUAUUCAAGGACUAUGAGACUGUCGCCCUAGGCCACAAGGAGAACGCCCGAUGUCAACUUCCGGAGGCGGGACUGACUGUUGAGCAACAAGUGACUGCAUUGAUUGACCAGGCCACUGACCCAAACAUCCAUGGGCGCACCUGGGUGGGCUGGGAGCCAUGGAUGUAAGAUUGACUAGGCCACUGACCCAAACAUCCAUUGGCGCACCUGGCUGGGCUGGGAGCCAUGGAUAUAAGAUUGACUAGGCCACUGACCCAAACAUCCAUUGGCGCACCUGGCUGGGCUGGGAGCCAUGGAUAUAAGAUUGACCAGGCCACUGACCCAAACAUCCAUGGGCGCACCUGGGUUGGCUGGGAACUAUGGAUUUAAGAUGUGAAAUUUGGACUCAAGGACUUAAUGUUUUCUAGCUGAUCAUUCAUGGUUAAAGGCAUCCACAUGUUGGUAUUGGUGCCAUGUAGACUAGAUUUGGUUUCUGUGUGAGCCAUUCAGUGUUGGAAUUAGAGGAAUGGUUGUAGGAAAUGACUGUAAAUCCAUUAUAGUUGUGUAGUUACUUUGAAACUGAAUUUGGUUUGAAUGAGCCGUUUUUGUUUGUACUUUUGUGAUUAACUUCUUGCUUUGAGGCAAUUGGUAUUAGAUGUAUGGCUUAAUAGUUGGCUUUAGAGUUGCUGAUGUAGGAUGUUAAACUUCAAUAUCAACUUGAUCCACUCUGGUGUCAGAUAUAGCACCUCAAGAAUGACCAUGAAACCAUGAUAGUUUCACAUAGUUGGUUUGACCAAGAGUGUAAACUGUAAACCAUGACAUUGAGAUGCCAUUGGAAAUAAUGUUUGUAAUCUUAUAGAUUUGUAUGCCCUAAACACUAAUGAUUUUGAGGUCAGUUGAUGAGAGGUUAAGGUCAAUACCUGGUGAGCAUGUGGGCCUAUAAACCUCAUACUUGGUAGGCAGUUUGAACACUACAGGGGAUGACCCCUUUUGAAAAUGGAUACCAGUAUAUCAAUUCUAUAUGAAGCUUUUUACCUACAUCAUUCACUUAAAAGUUAUCUGAUGCUAGUUUUUGUUUGUUUCUUCAUUCUCUUUUAUAUAAUAGUUAUAUAUAAAUUUCUUCAUGCCAUUUUUUCUGUUUUAGGUUUUUAUUAAAAAUUUAAAUCCUGUCAUGACUUUCUAUAACAAUAUGUAAAGAGUUCACAUACAAACUUGUUCAAUAAUGACUAACUAUCUCAUUUCAAAGUAAAAUAGACACGAGUUGACAUCAGAUCCAUCUUGCUGCAACUUAUCACUUCAUGGAAAGUUUGUCAUGAAAAUAUUUUAUAAACUAGAUACUUUCUAUAUAGGCCCAAAUACUACAAAUGGCUAUCUGUCCAAUGAGGCCUUUUGGGGGCAUUUGUAAUAUUCCUGUGACAAUUUUUGUAAUGAAUUACAGGUAAACAAAUAUUUUGCAUAUGAUAAGAGUACUGUUCUUGUUGAAGGAUGGAGUUGAAAUACAUGUUACAGUUGUAGGUUUAUCAGCCUAUGUUGUUUUCUGUGCAUUCAUUAAAUAUCCAUUUAAAGUUGUAUGCUGUGUUAAGUAUAGAAGGAAUGACAAAUGAUAUUAUAGAACUUGGGUAGCAUGGGGCAUUUUCCAUAACAAAAUUAAAAUAUAUCCCUUGUUAUGUAGUUUAUAUCGAAUGCCAUACAUUUACCAUAAAGUAUUGUCAUUUUUUUUAGAGUUCAACUUUUGCAUUGUUUACUGCACAUUUGUAUUAGUUUGAUUAGAAAAUAAAAGAACUUU